AUGAGCUCAAACCCGUUUGUUUUUGCCAUACAGAUCGCCGCCCUACUGCUCACACCAGCCGGGUACGAAGGAAAAGGCCGGGAUGUGAAAACAAACUCGACCUAUCUUCCAGGGUAUCUUGGAUCCCAAGUGCCUACCGCGCCAUUCUAUUGGGAUAAGCCCGAUCUACAGCACCAUUACAGUGCAACAACAACGCUGGAUGACGUCACGGACUUCAGCGCCACCACAGCGAGGCUAUGGGCACCACCAACCAUAAAAGGAGGCGACAGACUGCAACGGACCACUGGGCAUGGUAGCGCUGCUGGCACGAUGAGCUCAAACCCGUUUGUUUUUGCCAUACAGGUGAGCAAACGUUUUGGGAAAUGCCUAAAAUCCAAUGAAUUGUGCCUAAUUGUGCUGCCAUGCCCAAGGCUGCUUUCAAAUUUGUUAUGUGAGUUUUGCGUGCAUGUUUCUAAAUUACUGCUUAUAGCAGGGGAUGUGGAAAGUAACCCUGGGCCUGAUUAUGAUCAAUUUUCCAAGCAGCUAAAACAAAUUUCAGACGACAUUCGUGUUAUUAAGGAAGAACGUCUAACAUCCAUCGACUUAAAACUUGACAGUCUAAGCAAUCUCGAUACCAAGGUUUCUACAUGCAUGGAACAAAUUAAUAGCCUCCAGAAAGCACUAAUAUCACUUGAACUAAAAGUGGACGAUCUUGAAAAUCGCUCAAGAAGAUCGAAUCUAAUUGUUUACGGUCUUCCCGAGGAAGCUAAGGAAAACGAAGGCUCACUUGAACACAAAGUGCACGAAAAAAUUCUUAAAAGUGUCCUCGAAGUCGAGGAUGUAACGAUUGAAAGGAUUCACAGAUUGGGCAGGCCAGCAGCUAAAAAAACCAGACCGGUUAUCUUGAAGCUCCUGGACUACCGCGACAAAACACAAAUCCUAAGCAACUGUUAUAAGCUCAAGGGGAGCAGUUUUUCAAUCGGCGAAGAUUUUUCAUGGCGUGUAAGAAACAUCCGGAAGAAACUGUGGAACUACGCGAAAGCUAGAAAAGAAUCUGGGGACAAGGUAUCGCUGUCCUACGACAAAUUGCGUAUCAAUGAUGACCUCUACCGAUGGGAUGACGAAACAAAUGAUGUGGCCCUAAUCCAAACGCAUUCAGCUAUCUCGAGCAAAAAAAACCAGGAAGCAGAAAGGCAAACAACGCGCACUCGGCGCAACGCGCCACGUCAGAAAUAA